AUGUUCACGUAUGCUCUGACACUUCAGCCUCCGACAGGCCUGAGUCUAUGUGUGCUGGGCAACUUUUCCGGCACAAAACAGCAGGAAAUCAUUGUCGCAAAGGGAAGCAUUUUGGAAUUACUAAAACUCGAUUCACAAACGGGAAAGAUAAACACCCUAUUGUCGCAUCAAGUAUUUGGCAUCAUACGCUCCAUCGCUCCCUUUAGAUUGACAGGUGCUUCAAAAGAUUACCUGAUUGUUGGAUCAGAUUCAGGACGAAUAGUCAUUCUAGAAUACAAUCCAGUAAAGAAUGUAUUCGAUAAGGUGCAUCAGGAGACGUAUGGUAAAAGUGGGGUUCGACGAAUAGUGCCCGGUCAACACUUGGCUGCUGAUCCAAAGGGUCGUGCCGUCAUGAUAGGUGCUAUGGAAAAACAAAAACUUGUAUACGUUCUCAAUCGUGAUUCAGCUGCCAAAUUGACCAUUUCGUCGCCUCUCGAAGCACAUAAAUCGAAUACUAUUGUACAUCAUAUGGCUCCUGUAGAUGUAGGAUUUGAGAAUCCUAUAUUUGCGUGUCUCGAAGUCGAUUAUACUGAUUCAGAUCAAGAUCCAACGGGGGAAGCAUUCAAUAAUACCGAAAAGCUAUUGGUGUAUUACGAGUUGGAUUUAGGUCUGAAUCACGUUGUGAGAAAGUGGAGCGAAGCCGUCAACCCAACAUCAAAUCUCCUUAUAACAGUACCAGGCGGCGUAGAUGGUCCAAGUGGCAUACUAGUAUGCUCUGAAAACUAUAUUACAUGGAGACAUCAGAACAACCCACCCCUACGAAUCCCAAUACCUCGACGAAAGGACGCUCUAUCACUAAAACCCGGCGCUAACGGUGAAAAUGCCGAGUCUUCCAAGUCAAUCAUAAUCGUAUCAUCCGUAGUACAUAAAUUGAAGCGAGGAUUCUUCUUCUUGCUGCAGACUGAAGAAGGUGACUUGUUUAAAUUGACGAUGGAUUAUAGGGUUGGAGCGGAUUUGGUUGUUGGGCCCGUUGAGAGUUUCAGGGUUAAAUUCUUUGAUACGAUACCAGUUGCUGCUGGAAUGUGUUUGUUGAAGAGUGGGUUUCUGUUUUGUGGUAGUGAAUUUGGCAAUCAAAUGCUAUAUCAAGUUGACAAUUUGGGUGAUGAUGACGACGAACAACCCGAAUUUAGCACAGCAGACUUCCCACAAGGUGAAGAUGCACCUGAAGUGACAGUCACGUUCCGACCAAGACCUUUACGUAACUUGACUGGAGUGGACGAGAUUGAGUCUCUUAGUCCGCUAGUAGAUGCCAAAGUACUAAACCUACGGGAUGAAGACACUCCGCAGAUAUACGGCUUGUGUGGACGAGGCUCGCGAUCCAGUUUCAGAAUAUUGCGACACGGAUUGGAAGUCAAUCAAGUUACAGAUCCUGCUGAAUUACCUGGUAAUCCUAAUGCAGUAUGGACUGUACGAGCUACUUCAAGAGAUGAAUUCGAUUCGUAUAUUGUUGUAUCGUUUGUGAAUGCCACGUUGGUGUUGUCGAUUGGUGAGACUGUGGAGGAGGUUACGGAUACUGGGUUCCUGGCUACUACUCCCACGUUAACUGCUGGUCAAUUGGGAGAUGAUGCGCUCGUACAGGUGUACCCACAAGGCAUCCGUCACAUUCGAUCUAAUCGUCGUGUCAGUGAAUGGAAAUCACCAGGAAAUAAGGCUAUUGCUCGUGCUGCUUGCAAUCAGCGACAGGUCAUUAUUGCCUUGUCAAGUGGCGAAUUGGUGUAUUUCGAAUUGGACAUGACGGGUCAAUUGAAUGAAUUUCAAGAGCGACGUGAAAUGCUGUCGCCUGUUACUGCUCUUGCAUUGGGGCCUAUUCCUGAAGGUCGUCAAAGGUCCAAGUUUGUGGCGGUUGGAUGUGCUGAUACUAGUGUGCGAAUUCUAUCAUUGGAUCCAGAUACCUGUUUGACGCCUCUAGCUACUAUGGCCCUAUCCGCAGUCCCGGAAUCCCUCUGUAUUGCCGAACUGAUGGAUACAGGAGCUGAGCGAGCUCAAGGCACUCUAUAUCUGAAUGCCGGUCUCAACAAUGGUGUACUGACGAGAGCAACAUUGGAUCCGACUACUGGUGAAUUGAGUGAUACUCGAUUACGAUUCUUGGGUGCCCGAGCCAUCAAAUUGCAUCGUAUUAGUAUACAGGGUGCUUCUGCUGUAUUGGCUUUGUCGACACGGCCGUGGUUGAUGUAUACUUUCCAGUCAAGGACUCGUUUGAUACCGUUGAGUUAUGAGCAAUUGGAAUACGCAUCAAGUUUCAGUUCUGAGCCAUGUCCAGAAGGAGUCGUGGCUAUUGUUCAAAAUACAUUGAGAAUCUUGACGGUUGAGAAGCUGGGGGACGUCUUCAACCAAUCUGUCGUUCCAUUAUCAUACACACCACGUAAAUUCGCUGUACAUGAACCAAGUCGAAACGUCAUUAUAGUCGAAGCUGAUCAUAACACAUGGUGUCCAUCUGACAAGAUCAAGUUGUUGUCUGGAGAAGACGAUGAUAGAAUGGAUGUUGAAAGUGAUGAUGGUCAAGCAGCAGCUCCAAAUAUCAGAUCAGAGCCAGCUGAAGAGUUACCACCGGAUCAAUUUGGAUUGCCACGAGCUGAAUCUGGGAAAUGGGCAUCGUGUAUACGAUUGCUGAAUCCAUUGACUGGAGAGACUCUCCAAGUUAUUCAAUUAGAUGAAAAUGAAGCUGCUUUCAGUGUCACUGUAUGUCGAUUUGCUAUUUCACCAACUGAAUUGUUUGCUGUUGUUGGAACCGCCAAGGAUACUAUCUUGUCUCCUCGCAGCUGUAGUUCAGGCUUCUUGAGGAUAUAUAGUAUUGCGAUGGAUGGAACGUCGUUGACGUUUGUGCAUAAGACUGCCGUUGAAGACAUUCCAAGUGCCUUAACACCCUUCCAAGGUCGUGUAUUGGUUGGCAUGGGUAAAAUAUUACGUAUAUAUGAAAUGGGAAAGAAGAAGCUGUUGAGAAAGUGUGAAAAUCGGCAAUUCCCCAACUGUAUAAUAACUCUACACACUCAAGGAGAUCGAAUCAUUGUCGGUGACAUUCAAGAGUCUGUGCAUUAUUGCGCAUUCAAACCCAAUGAUAGUCGAAUCAUUAUAUUUGCAGAUGACACUACACCACGAUGGUUGUCAUGUACUACUCAAGUUGAUUAUGAUACCAUGGCUGGUGGAGACAAGUUUGGUAAUUUCUUUAUAGUGCGAUUACCAUUGGAGGUAUCGCAAGAAGUUGAUGAUGAUCCUACUGGAACUAAAUUGCUGUUUGAGAAACCCCAUUUGCAAGGUGCUGCUCACAAGUUGAGUCGACUUGUAGAAUACUAUGUAGGAGACACAAUCACAUCAGUACAAAAGACCGUUCUCGUCCCCGGAGGCCGCGAAGUAAUCCUCUACACAACCCUCUUUGGAUCUGUAGGAGUCUUCAUCCCCCUCGUAUCCAAAGAAGAUGUCGAAUUCUUCCAAUCUCUCGAAAUGCACAUGAGGCAAGAAGCACCACCAUUAUGUGGUCGUGAUCAUCUUGUAUAUCGAUCGUCGUAUGUGCCUGUACGGGGAUGUAUUGAUGGAGAUUUGUGUGAGCAGUUUAAUUUGCUGCCUGCUGAAACACGACGACGCAUUGCGGAGGAGUUGGACAGGACGGCACAGGAGGUCUCUAAGAAGUUGGAGGAUUCGAGGACGAGGGUUGCGUUUUAG